AUGCUCAAUUGCGCUCUCCCUCGCCGCCGAGCCAGCGGCACCCACCUGGCACUGAAAGGCAAGCUGGAGAUCCACGCCGGGAACUACCCUUGCCUAGACUUGCAGCAGCUUGCUACCCAUCUCAUAUGUGAGCAGCAGAUCGCAGCCACCGUGUUCACUACCGUCGUCUCCUCCUACCCUGAUCGGGACGGCGGUGAGGGGAUGUGUGACGCCGGCGCGCUGGCGAUGUCAAAGGACCGAGGGCCAAACCCCGGAUUUGGGGAUGUCGUCACCCCAGGAUGGGAGAACUGGCGGUUAGGAAGGAUAAGCCAGGAACACGGGGGACUCACCCGUGCUGAGGGAAAGCAGGGAAAGGAACUCGAGAGGUGGGCUCAGUGCUCCAGGUCGUGGGGCAGUAUUCGUGCCUCACGAGCGCAUGCUUUCCCUGGUAUUAUGUCGUUGAUUCGAGUGAAGGGGAUGGAAAGACUGUGGUUGAUGUUUGGGUGCCGUGGAGAGCCUGGUGAACUGUAG